AUGAGCGAGGAUAUUCCCACACCCGAGGAGGAGGAGGAGGAGGAGGAGAUACUAAUUGAGCAGCCGGAGAACAUCGGCGGCGUCAGGCUUGAUCCGAAUUCUUAUACUGCGCAUCGGCUGGUUUGUUCAUCCCUUCCUUUCUUCUUCCUCGAGGAGUUUGUGGACUUGGUGAUGAAGCUGACUGUAUGUAUGUACGGGUGUGCUUGUAGCAUCAUGCUACUCCUGAACAUUUACAUGUCACGACGCGACGGGUGUAAGUUUUGCACCUCUCUUCUCAUUCCCAGGGCCCCUCUAACGGUGUUUAGCUUUGUCGGGCCGAUACCUAUGGGCUGGUUGAGGAGCCACCGGUCAGAGUGGUACAAGCACCAUAUCGGCGUGUUUGGAGCGGGAGGGAACCCGACCUUCACCGCCGCCGAGGAUGGUUGCGGGGAACCGAGGCUUGGGGGUUUGGAGCGGCGGGACACGGGCGAUUGGUGGGCGGAGGAGGUUGAAGGGGGAGGUCCUAGAGCUCUCGAUGGCCUCCCCGGGACUCCCGGGCCCGUUCCGAUACCACGGCCGAGUACAAUGGCCAGCGAAUCACGGAGGAGGAAGGGCAAAGGAAGGGCUACUGCUACGGAUGGGCCGGGACGGCGGCCAGCGUCUCAGGGAUCACGCAAGCGCUCGAAACCGGCGGGCAUGAAUCGGGGGGAGUCGUUUGCGACGGCUAACGAAUCCUGGGACUCUGCCGAGGAGAGGCAGGAGCAGGAAGACGAAGAGGAGGAGGAGAAUGCUCCGCCAAUGCGGACGAUAGAGAGUUUGCACGUUGAGAUGGAAUUGGAGGGGUCUCUCGAAGGUCUUGUAAAUCAAGCGCCAGUUCCUCUUAGCGCGGGAAGCGACGUAGCAGCAAGUUCAGUUUCCCCGGCUCGAUCUCUGGAGGCAUCUAAUUCGCUGGCAUCUCUGUUGAAGCACGACGCGCAAGCUCGAGAAAGAUUAUCGAGACAAGCGUCCUCCCAAGGACGCGCCCCACCUCUCGAACGCAAGCAAUCGGGCGGGAAACUCGGAAUUCUUUCGAGAGCUCGGGGUUCACGGUCGCCGAAGAAGAAUGCUGCCGGCAGUUCCUCACCCCCGCCUCCCCCGCCUGCCGAACGUGUCGUUACUAAUAAGGAGCGGGUCACUGGAGGUCUAGUACGCUUUAAUACAGCUGUAGACGUCCGUGAGCGGGAUAGGGAGAUGCAGAUGAAGCUCGCUGAUCUCAGUCGGAGCAGGACGUUCCGUCAAAUGGGGCGGUGUCAUCACAAUUUCCGGAGACGGGAAGGGGAGAUUGUCAAGAUGGAGAAUAUGCUUGUCCGAGUGGAAGUAUCUGCUAUACCUGUGCCUGGGGAAUACGAUGAGAAUGAGAGCAUGAAGGUCGUCACUCGAUUGAUGGAGAAGUGGCGGGAAUUCGUCGUGGUCUGUCGCCAGACUGGGGAGAAGGAGACACCAUUAGCCUUGCUACUCUACAAGAAGAGGGUCGUUCCGGCCAUUGACAGGCCGAGGAUCUCCUCUCACGGAGUGAGGAAGAUACCGCUUAAUCCGAAAACCACUAAAGUCAAUCUUUACUCGACUCUGGACAAGACGCUGGUUGUUUGGUUGCCAUACAAGCAGGGGUCGAUUAUUUAUAUUAUGCGGCCUCGCUGCAGUUCUUCAUCUGUGGAGUGGUAUACAUUUCUUCACGGAGCGCUGGGCUGGAACAGAUCGGACAAGUUACUUAUAUCUGUCCCGGACUUGUCCCUAUCAAUCACGGUUGACAAGCCUUUUGCACGGGUGGAGCAGAAAUUGCGUGAAGAUUCAGACGAUGAGGCACCAAUUAGGGAGGAGAGGGCUGUCGCUAAAAACCUGCUGAACCGAAGCAUGCAACUGCUAGGGGAAGUCAAAGAAUGGGGCGAUAUCACAGACCACUGGAGGAAGGAUGAGCGCAUGGGGUUGGUGUGGAGGCGUUACGACCGCUUGGAGUGGAUCCAUGGGGUAGGAUUAUUUGCAGAAGUAAUUGCUUGAUCCCAUUGCUAAUAAUGGUAUAGGUGAAUGAGCAUAGGAUGUACGGAACUAUGGCUAUGCAGAAGGUUUGUCUCGUGUUUUUUUAGCCAUGAUUGGUCACCCAUUGCUAAUUUUUUUUGUUGGGGGGGGGGGUAGACGCAUGAGCUAGAGAUACGGCCCAAGACUCAUUACCCGACUAAGGUUAGGGUUGGUGGCGAGGAAAUGACGGAACCUGCUCCGGUCGAGGGGUUCCUACUUCGAUUGACGUCCGGGAAGGGCCACCAGGAACGCCUAGGCAAGCUCUUCUAUAAGCGUUUGUACUUUACCACUCAUGACAACCUCCUUUGCUUUUGCAAGCCCGCGAGAGCGUUGCCUCCGCCGCCGCCAAAAUUGCCGGUCAAUAAAGGGGCUAUCCCAAAGCCCAGUGAGAUCAAGGACGAAAUCCCACUCAUAUAUGCCGUAGCACCCUAUGCCCCAGACGCGGACGGGGACAUCGCUUGGAUCACAAGGGGCACGGCGAAAGAGAUUGGCUCCCGUGAUAGAGAUGCUUAUGACGAAGGGGAGAGGAAGGUCAAUACCCUGCUGAGGGCCGAAGGGUUCAUUGAUCUAUGCAACGUUGUCGAGGUGCGCUGCGCCGGGCGGCAUUCACAAGGCAGAGAUACUGGGGCUGGUCACAGCGAAUUGGCGGGCUCUGAUCGGCCUGUGCUGGAUACGAAUCGCGAGAAUGGGGCUGUUGGCGAGUUUAAUGAUGGGAAGACAUUCGAGCUUGUCCUUGACAAUGGGCUAACCUUGAGGUUGCAGGUGGGAGUUUUGCAUGGCUGGGCAAUAUGGAUGGAUGCUGACCGAGAUACAGGGUUAUGAUCAAAGGACCAGGGACGAGUGGGUGACAAGGUUGAAGGAUUUGGUCAAGUACUGGAGGGUGAGGGAUAAGGAGGAUUUGGCUACCAUCAGAAGGACCAGGGAUGCGAAUCUGAAGCUGCUGAACUUGGACGAAGAGAUGGAGUCGGCCGUUGGGCAGUUUGCCAGAAAGUGGGAGGUGUCUCGAUCGAUCGCAUCGGGGGAAAUAUUCAAUGUCUGCGGGCUGUCCUCUUGCAGGGCUAUUACAGUACGUUGGGUGGUGAUAUCGUAACACAAGACGCAGCUAACACAGAGCCACAGAUGUCCGGCGUCCUAUACCGCAAGCCCCGCCGUCACUCCACCUUCAACCGCUACAAUGUAGUCCUCUGUCACGGCGAACUCCUAACCUUCCAUAACACCUACCGCAAAAACUCCGGGGCCGAACUCCCACACAUUCACCAGGAACGCCAUCUCUCACUCUCCCUUCGAGAUUGCUUCGUCUACUCGGGCCUGGUGACGGAAAGCGAACUCCUCUACCAGAACCAGACAUUUGACUCCAACACUCCGGGUCGUCAUGCGCUUCCCCGAGUGUAUCAGGAUGGGAUGACAUCCCAUGACGAGGACACGAUGACCUGCUUCGUAAUCUGGCAUGGCAUGAGGAGGAACAUUUUCAAGACUAAGGAUGAUGAAGGGAAGACUGUUAGGUAUCGUGUUACUGCGCUGGGAGAGACAGGGAAGUCGAUCGUGUUUAAGGCGAGGAGCAGGCUGGAGAGGGAUGCUUGGGUUAUGAGUAUUGGGAUGGAGAUUGAGAGGUUGAAUGCUACGGCACCGGAGGAUAUCCGGGUCACGGCUUGAUUGUGGUGUAUUCUCCCGGUGAUUGGGAUUUUGGGAUUUUCUUCUUGAUUGUUUUUUUUUUUUUUUGGAGGGGGAGGGGUUUCAAAGCAUAGCGAAUGGUGUUUCCCUGUUUUUUAUGUAAUAAUUUUUCUUCCCCCGUUUCCCUUCUCCCUUUCUACUAAUGUUUCAUUUGUAGUCUUUGAGCCCUUUUGCUCGCGCUCUCGGUUUUGGUGUAACUCCUAGUUUAGUGUAGUAGUCUGAACAUGUCGGGUAUAACCUCUAAUAUUAACAAUACUUACAAAAACUAUAUACAUAUUUAC